AUGAUACCCCCAUGCGAUCCCGUCAUUUUGGAAAGUAAUCCCCAGUUUAAGAGACUGCAUCAGCAUCUGACCACUGCUUUGCUCAAUCAGGAUGGGUCAACACUUGCCAACGAUGCACUACCAGACCGGAAAACCAUCCUCGAGGACUUAAAAAACUGUCGAAUCCGCUAUGCAAAGAAACAAAUCAAGAAGCAAACGAUGUUCAAGCUAGCAUUUGACCCAGACAGUGGAUUGCCAGAUGAGAAACGUGACCUGGUAGCCAUCAUCUCUCUAUAUUUGGAAUCGUCUCCCGACCAGCUAGACCUUGGGACCGAUCCUCGCGAUGGGGUCGAUGCGCCGACACUCCUCACCCCAGACAUUAAUACCUUCUACUCCAACCUCCCUACCAUCAUGCCACAUUUUUCCAAUGCAUUGUCGACAGCCCUCCAUGAUCUCCGAAUGAUCGCGAAUGCCGGAAACCGUUCGAUCACCGCACAACAACCCCCCGAGUCCACUCGACCGCGGCCUCGGGCUAGUCAGUCGCUGGCCAAAUCCGUACCUCUCUCCUCGCAGCUGUAUGAGCGAAUGCAUCGUCUGCGUCAGAUACAGCUGUCGGAGCUCCCGACAGCUCGAGCACGGAUGGCAGUGAUGGCCGCGAAGGUUCAAGCGGCGCGAGCGGCGGUGAUGGAACGGACCGUGGUGCUGCUAGAACGUGCGAAACACGGAGCACUGGCUAGAGCUACGAAGGCGAAAGCGGAACAUUUAGCCAUGGUGGCGCAGGGAGUGGAGGGGAAGCUAAAGGUGAUGAAACUGGACGUGUCGGCUACCAUCUAUACACCGGAAACCGUUGCUGCGCUCGGUCGAUACCAGCAGCAUCUACGAGAUACUCGAGAACGGUGGGAAGAGCGUCACGCAGCUGCGCGAGAAAAACUGAAAGCUUAUGAGGAGGUGGAUAGUGAGGGCGCUGGAACCACGAGCCGGAGUAGAGCUGUGGGAUCGGGACAGAUGAAGGAGAUUGCACGGCGUUACGGGACUCUGAUCCAGGAGAUGGAGGACGUAAGAUCAGAGAUUCAGAGGCUGAAUCGUUGA